CUCGGUGUGAAUGGCUACUACUUUAAUAAUAUCGAUAUCGAGCAUACCACCCAGUCUUCACGCUGAUAGCUGAAAUUUUAUUUCUCUAAUAAGAGUCUUUUGCAUAAACAAUAUAUCAAAAUGACUAACGCCUGGAGAGCCGCUGGAAUCACCUACAUCCAAUACUCGAACAUUGCAGCCCGAGUCCUGCGUGAAGCCUUGCGCACGGAGCUGCGUGCAGAUGCUGCCAAGCGUGAUGCAAGCCAUGUGAAGUUCACUCCAUGGGCCAACGGCAAGCCAGCUCACGAAAAGCUUUAAGUUCGACCAAUUUUGGCGCUAGAGACAGCUCGCCAAACUCAGUCGGAAUCCUAGAGGACUAGAGGAUCAGAAGUACCGAUUUGUGAGAGCUGCGGAUUCCAUAAUUCAAUUUAAAAAUGUACAUCAAACUGAAAUGUGUUGAAUUAAACUAUU